GAAACAAUGCGACGGCCGAAGAAAAGAUGCACGCAGGCAUUGAUCCUCCUGGCCUUAGCUGUUGGGGUCUUACUUCUCCUCUUCCAUGACCAUUCCUUGGAACUCUCCUAUGGGACCCAUUGGCAAGACUUGGGGACCUCUGAGCUCCUGUACCAAAUGGUUCCAGAGCCCCAACAACAGCAAAGUGUCCUAGAGCUCCAACCCUCAGCCCCGUCUGAACGUCCUCUGGUACCCUGCUUUGCCAAUGCCUCUGUAGCCAACAUGGCUGGCUUCUCAGCCCAGCCCAGUCACAUCCAGAACUUCCUCCUUUACAAACAUUGCCGGGAUUUCCCAAUUCUUCAGAAUGCCCCACCAAAUAAGUGUACAGCGUCCCCUGGGGGCUUGGGCCAUGUCUUCCUCUUCCUGGCCAUCAAGUCAUCGCCUAAGAACUAUGAGAGGCGGGAUCUCAUUCGUCGGACAUGGGGGCAGGAGCGAGAGGUCAAAGGAUUAGCCAUCCGCCGGCUCUUCUUGGUAGGCACUGAACCUAAUGUCCUGGAAGCUCGAAAAGUGAACCGGCUCCUGGCCAUGGAGGCCCAGGCCCAUGGUGAUAUUCUCCAGUGGGAUUUCCAUGACACUUUCUUCAAUCUGACCCUGAAGCAGGUGCUGUUUCUGGAGUGGCAGGCUGCCCAGUGCCCCGAUGCUCCCUUCGUCUUCAAUGGUGAUGAUGAUAUCUUCUCCCACACAGACAACAUGGUGACGUAUCUACAGGGUAACAAAGCAGACAAGCACCUGUUUGUAGGCCACGUCAUCAGUAAUGUGGGACCCAUCCGCUUGCCAUGGAGCAAGUACUUUGUGUCAGAGUUGGUGACAAAGGAAGAAAAGUACCCCCCCUAUUGUGGAGGUGGGGGGAUCCUGAUGUCUCGAUUCACGAUUCGAGCCAUCCGGCGUGCUUCCCACAUGAUACCCCUCUUCCCGAUUGACGAUGUUUAUCUGGGCAUGUGCCUGAAGCGUGAAGGGCUGGCACCAGCCAGGCAUAUGGGGAUUAAGGUGGUUGGUGUCCGUUCACCGUCACCCCGCAUAGGGUCCUUUGACCCCUGCUUCUACCAGGACCUGCUUCUGGUCCAUCGUUUCUUGCCCUACGAGAUGCUACUAAUGUGGGAUGCCCUCAAGAAUCCAGGUCUGGAAUGUAGCAAGUCAGUAUUAUACACCCCAAGGAACUGAGGGCUGGUCCGGAGGACCCGGGGGUCACACUGGGUGAGAGCCCCCUGAAGAGACUGACGCAGCACGUGAUACUCAGAACAAAAGCCAGGACAGAUAACUUCAAAGUCAACUUUGCGACCUUAGCCUGAUCGGAACCUCCGCUUUUUCCUUUGUAAACCCGGGAAGAGCACCGAAUGCUACCUACCUCA